AUGUUUGUGGGUCUUCUCCCAGCCCUCCCAGGCAAAGAUGUGCCCCGUGGAAAUCCCCAGCUGCGGGAGUUGAAAGAGGAGAGGCGUGCGGACCUCGUGUAUGAGGUGAUCGACGUCCUCCGUGCUGAGGGAGGGCUGAGACUGGGUCUGGCUCACUUCACCGCAGGUAUGAGUGCCUGCGCGGCUGGGAAGUUGUGGCAGUCGGCCCUGUCGUUGUUCGCCCUCUUGCCCGAUUGCCACCUGGAGCCAGACCUCAUCCUCUACAACGCCACAAUGAGCUCGCUAGAGAAAGGGAGGCAGUGGCAACGGGCUUUGGGACUUUUCCUGGAGAUUCCCAACGCAAAGCUUGCACCGGAUGUGUUCAGCUAUGGAGCUGCCAUAGGCUGCUGCGAGAAAGGAGAGCAAUGGCAGCUUGCGUUGGCCCUGUUUACGGCGCUCCCGCGAACGACAGCACCAAACGUCAUCAGCUAUAGCUCGACCAUCAGCGCGCUAGAGAAGGCAAGUAGGUGGGAAUUGGCCGUUUCCUUGUUCAAUGACAUGCCGAGAGCGAAGAUCGUGCCAAAUGUUGUAAGCUACAGCGUGGCGAUCAAUGCCUGCGGCACAGGCGGGCAGUGGCAGCUGGCUUUGUCCCAUUUCGAAGCCAUGGCACAGACGAAAGUCCUGCCCAACGUCAUCAGCUUCAGUGCGGCAAUACGUGCAUCGGACAUGGCAGGUCAGUGGCAGAUGGCUCUGCAGUUGUUCGCCUCAAUGCCCAACUCCAGCGUUCGCGCAGACCGGAUCAUAUUCAGCGCCGUCAUCUGUGCCUGCGAUAAGGGAGGGCAGUGGCAACUGGCCUUGCAACUGUUUAGUGAGAUGCAGGAUGCUAAGCUUCCGACCGAUGCCACCAGCUGCAACGCAGCCAUCAGUGCUUGUGGGAUGAACGCACAGUGGCAGCCUGCGUUGGCGCUGUUCAGCAGCAUGACGACUUUGAAAGUUGCUCCAAACUUGAUUGCCUACAAUGCAGCCAUUAGCUCGUGUGAGAAAGCCGGACAAUGGCUUUUGGCCCUCCACUUGCUUCGCGAGAUGGCGAGCUCACAAGUUUCCCCGGAUGUCAUCAGCUACACCGCGGGCAUCGGAGCCUGCGAGAAAGCGGGACACUGGCGAGUCGCAGUGUCUGUCUUUCAGUCUUUGCAGCAGCAGCGUCUGGAGCCCACGGUUAUCAGCUACAGCGCCAUCAUCAGCGCCUGUCAGAAAGCGGGACAAUGGCAGCUGGCGUUGCACCUCUUCAGCGAAAUGCCAGCCGUGGGUCUGAGCCCCAACGUCAUCAGCUACAAUGCCACCAUCAGCGCGUGUGAACGGGCUGGUCGCUGGCAGCUGGCUUUGUACCUCUUCGGUGUGAUGCCAAGGGCUCACAUCAGCCCAAGUACCUCGAGCUUCAACACAGCCCUCAGUGCAUGCGGGAAGGGCCAACAGUGGCUCUUGGCCCUGCGCCUUUUUAAUUCUAUGCCCGAAGCGCACACCACCCCGAGCGUGGUGAGCUUCAACGCCUUGCUGGAUGCUCUUCAGGACAGGCCCAUGGGGAGGGCCAUGUUUCUAAGAGCACGGGAGGCUGGACUGUAUUCCUGCCUUUGCAUCGACAGCCCCUUCACCUUGGACUUGCAUGAACUUUCCUAUGGGCCGACGGUGCAUGCGGUGGCUUGGUGGUUCAUGGAGGUCUUGGAGCCCAUCCUGAGUCCCACGGAGACGCAGACCUGCAUCAUCAUCACCGGCUGGGGCAAGACCCGGCCCUCGUGGUCGGCCACCAACCUACAGGCCUUUGUACUUGACUUGCUGAAGCAGUGGGGCCUGUCUGCUGCGGUACAGAAGUCAAAUCGGGGCCGCGUGCAGAUGGAUCUUCGCCAAGGAUUUCUCAGUGUUUACAACCGCCCCGUCGACUGCUACGCCGCCUGGAAGGCCUACGGUAAAGAGGCCGUUGAUCGUGACGUAGACGAUAGCUUCGCCGAGUUUACACGUGAUGUGUUGGGCCGGUGCUGGGGCGAGGGGGACUUUAAAGUGGUCGUGGAAGAACCUGGCGGAGAGAUGUCGGAAGGGAACGCUGAAGCAGGCCUUGCCCGCAAGGAGUUUAGAGUCUUGUCCGCUGUGCUCGGGACUGCUUCGCCAGUCUUUGAGCAAAUGGUGAAGCAGGGGCACUUCUUGGAAGGUACUGAAGCUCAAGUUACCAUCACGGACUUUUCCUCCGCCGCAGUGGAAGCCUUCUUGCUGUUCUUGCAUUUUGGGAGCGUAGAUGGAAGCCUGGCGACUGUCCUCGAGCUGGGCGUUCUGGCAGACAAGUAUGCCGUUGGCAGGCUACACCGCCUUUGCACCAGCACGGUGCUAGAUGAGCUUAUGCCUUGGACGGCUUGCGUGAUCUUCGACUUGGCUGACAGAUUUCACAAUGUGGACUUGCGCAAUCAUUCCCUCACGCUCAUCUUGACCGAGCCCAUCGACAGCCUGAAACAGCGCCCCUGCCUGAGUCCCAAGCUGGUGGAGGAGAUCGUGGCCAGUGACGCCCUCUGCAUCGGUGGCGAUCACCUUCAGGAGUUGGUCACUGGGUGGGACGCUGCCUCUACAGAGGAGGACAAAGAGGUCCAGCGACUUUUUGAAGCCUAUGCGGCCGCUGGUGCGAGAUCACACCGCAGGGAGGCCACUGGCGACGCUCUCUUCGAGCUCAAGGAAAGGUAUUGGGGCGAAGGCCGGCAAGUCGCCGUGCUCCUGGGGCCUCGGGACAAGGAUUGGAGUCAUGCUCUGGGAGAACCUGGCUUUCUGGAGGCUUUGGCCCACAAUGACAACUUCCACACGUACUCUAUCUUGAUAGAGGAGUGCUGGAUCGUUUGGAUGAUGCCGUUUGUAUCACUCUACCUCACCGGAUUCUCCUUCAACCGCAAGAUUCUGACGGACGAAGUGCACUUCAAGGUGUUCUGCUCUCAAGAUGGCCAAAAGUGGCACCUCUGCCUCGACUCCAGUGAGCACAGCAACAUCGAAGAGGACGAAAAUGUCUUCUGCGAUCACCGCCACGUGAAGUGGCUGAAACUUCAUGUUCUUUCUGGCAGCUUCUACACAGAUUUCUGUGUGAGUGGCGUCGUCAUGCAGCCUCUGACGCCAGGGUUUUAG